GAAACUGAGAACUGUUGCUGUCCAGGGUUCUCUGCCCUCAAUCUUCUUCGCAUUCAAAGUCUUCUCUUCCCACAGGGACAGAAACCAAACCCCAUCUCCAUAUCAACUCAUCCUCCACGACUUAACCUCAAUAUCCCUUCUCCCUUCCUCCCCAUUCAUCUUUCUCUCAAUUUCUUGUCUUCAUUCUCUUUGUCUUUCUCAUAGGUUAAGGUUAGGGUUUUCAGAUCUCCAAAAAAAUGGCUCUCUCCGAUGGUGUUGUGAGAAACGUUUUGCUCUCCUACUUCUACGUAUUGAUCUGGAUCUGUCUGAGCUUCUCGGUGAUCGUGUACAACAAGUACAUCUUGGACCGCAAACUCUACAACUGGCCCUUCCCGAUCUCGCUUACCAUGAUCCACAUGGCCUUCUGCUCCGCCCUCGCCUACCUCCUCGUCCGCGUCUUUAAGGUUGUGGAGGAGCCUGCCGCCAUGACCCGUGACCUCUACGUCAAGUCCAUCGUCCCCAUCGGCGCCCUUUACUCUCUCUCCCUCUGGUUCUCCAACUCCGCGUACAUCUACCUCUCCGUUUCCUUCAUCCAGAUGCUCAAGGCUCUCAUGCCCGUCGCUGUCUACUCCCUCGGCCUCGCCUUCAAGAAGGACACCUUCAAGUCCGACACCAUGCUCAACAUGGUCUCCAUCUCCCUCGGCGUCGGCGUCGCCGCCUAUGGCGAGGCCAAGUUUGACACUUGGGGCGUCAUGUUGCAGCUUCUGGCCGUCGUAUUCGAGGCCACCCGGUUGGUUUUGAUCCAGAUUCUGUUGAAUUCCAGAGGUAUUAGCUUGAACCCCAUCACUUCGCUUUUCUAUGUCGCGCCGUGUUGUCUUGCGUUCUUGUCCGUGCCUUGGAUGAUAAUGGAGUACCCUUUGUUGAGGGACACCUCCAGUUUCCAUCUGGAUUUCGUGAUCUUCGGUACCAAUUCGCUCUGCGCGUUCGCCCUGAAUUUGGCCGUGUUCUUGCUGGUGGGUAAGACCUCCGCGCUCACCAUGAAUGUCGCCGGUGUGGUAAAGGAUUGGCUUUUGAUCGCGUUCUCGUGGUCGGUGAUCAAGGACACCGUGACGCCCAUCAAUUUGUUUGGCUACUUUUUGGCGUUUCUGGGUGUUGCAUAUUACAAUCACUCCAAGUUGCAGGCGCUUAAGGCUGCGGAUGCGCAGAGGAAGGCGCAGCAGGCCGACGAGGAGGCAGGGAGGUUGCUGGAGGAGAGAGAAGUUGAAGGCACCGGCAAAAAGAGUGAAACCCAGAAUUGAUACGUUUGCUAAUUCCAUUUUUUUUUUGUUUUUGCCAAGGAAAGAGGAUUACAACAAAGAGAUUUGGAAAACAAGUGACCAAAACCCGAUUUCUACAUCGGGUUUUGUGCUCGUCUAGAUGAGGCAGGUUUUGUUUUGGGUAUUUGGCAUUAGUUAUUUUUUUUGUUAACCUUAUUUAUGUAGCGGUGACUUUGUGUUAUUGGGGUUAUAAAGUUAAUUAAUUUAUGUUACCUAUUC